AUGAGCUGGGUAUGUGUAAAAGAAAAGACACAUCAUUGUAAAGGAAAUGUAGAGACAAAUUUUCAAUACGAAGUACUGAAGAAAACUGAACAUUCCAGCGUGCCCAACGUUACUGAUAUCGAAGUUAAAAGGAGAUUAGAGACUUGCAGAAAAAGAGUCCGAGAAGAAACAUCAGUUCCCGUUCCCCAGAUAGUUCAAGAAGAACUUUCAGAAUUAUAUCAGAAAGGUUAUGAUUUCGUUACUAAAAUACCGACAUACUCCAAUGCCAAGACAGUUUUAUGUAAGGAGAGGAGAAAGGCUUUGGGAGCUACCCCAAAUCCUCAAAAUGCCAACGACAUUCAGUUUGCAAACGAUACACUUGUGCUUUUUAAUGGGGAAAACUUGCUUCGUUUAGACUUGCAAAAUGACCAAGAUAACAGGAUUUUAGUAUUUGGAGGAGAAGAAUCUCGGUACCUUUUGGAAAAUGGAAAGACCUUUUUCUUAGAUGGAAUAUUUAAAAGUUGUCCGAAACAAUUUGCUCAAAUAUAUACUAUACACGUCGACUUAAAGAGUACAGCAACUGAGACCAACGUUUAUCCAGCGCUUUUUGCAUUUCUGCCUGAUAAGAGACAAGCAACUUACAUUGCAAUGUUUCAGGAAGUGAAACGUUGGUACCCUAAGUGGAAGCCGGACAUUAUAAAAUUAGAUUUUGAAGCAGCAGCCAUCAAUAAUUGUAUGUUAGAAUUUCCCAGUUCGACUGUUUCGGGUUGUAACUUUCAUUUUAAUCAAUGUUUGUGGCGUAAGAUACAAGAAAUGGGUCUAGUAAAGGAAUAUAAAGAGAACGAAGAUAUAAGAAAUGUCUGUAGAAUGAUUUCUGUAUUAGCUUACUAG